UCGAAACGAACAGGCCGAGUGGCAGUGGCACAGACAUUUUUUAUAUAGAAUAUCAAAAUGAUUGGCGAAAAUUAAAUUAAAAAAAAAAUAUAAAUAAAUAAAUAAAAAAAAGUUUUAAACUAAAACUACAUAGCUAAAUAAACACGGAUAGAUACAUAUACUUCUACAUAUAUUUGUAUUUAUGUGUGAAUAUAAAAGUAUUUAUCAAUAUCAAACGAAUUGGCAGCAUUAAAAGAUCAAUCGAUAAAAACAUAGGUAGACAAAGAGAUGAGGAUAUAUAGUUAAACAUGAUAAAACGAAACUAAUCAUUAAACAAUUAAUAAAUAACAAGAUAAUGAUAAUGAAAAUAAAAAAUUAAUUGUAAUAAAAAAGAGAAAAAAUUAAAUUUCGCAGAUAAAUCUUUGUAUCAAUAUAGUAACAGUAACAACGAAACUCAACGGAUAAAUAGUGCAGUCGUUUAGAGAUAUUUAGUUAAUACGGUUUGCAGAAAAGUGGAAAAUUUAAAUUUAGAUAACAUAAUAUAAUAUAAAGAAAUGAAAAAUUUUCUAGGGCUUUUUAUAUAAAAAUGGCAUGAAAUAAAUUAAAAUUUAAUAAUUAAAUAUUACAAAUAAAAGUGAAAUGAAAUUAAUAUAAAUGAAAAUUUAACAAAACCCAAAGAAAAAAUAUGUAAAAUUUUGUAUAAAAAAAGUUCUACAAAAAAAAAUUGGCAAGACAUUGAAAAGUUAUUUAAAGAAUUAAAUUAAUAAGAAAAAGAAAAUUCCUUUUAACCAAGUUUAAAGCAAAUAAUUAUUAUUUUGCAGGAAGUAAUUAUAAUUAUUAAAUAAUUAAAUAUUUUUAUGGCGCGUGGACGUAAUCAAAAUCGCGGACGUAAUCAACAGAUACAAAAUACGCAGCUAAAAAAUUUUCCACUUAAUCAACAACAAAAACAACAGCAGCAGCAUCCUCAGCUAUUGGCCAAAUCGGUGUCUGUGCACCAACAAUCAAAUACAAAAGCCCCCAACAACACUACCACCACCAACACCACCAUCACUACCAAUCCAACCUCUAACAAUUCAACAAAUGCACCUGUUGCCAACAUCAAUAAACAACAGUGCAACAGCAGCAACAAUACUACCACUACCUCGCCCUCUAUAAAUUCUGAAAGUUACGGCCAUAUUAAUAAAACUAAUAAUACAAAUAACAAGAAAAACACUGAAAGUAAUAAUAAUUAUUAUAAUUAUUAUGAUGAUGCAAAUUAUUUAGAAGCCAAUGGUGGCGAUGAUGAAGAUCUGAAUACACACCUUGAGACAAACGGCGACCCCGCUAGAUCUUCUACUACAAAUACAACUUAUCAAAUGACUAUGUCUAAUAAUAGCUCUGAGAAUUUUAACCAAGUCAAAACGAAUGACGACGAUGCUCAUUCCGAUACCGACUCAUAUAAUGAAGAUGAUAAUAAUGAUGAUGAGGAGGUUCUCUCUGGUAAUUACAGUAAUUCAGCAAGUGAGACUGUAACACUCAAAGAUCUCCCAAUAAACACUCUUGAGCAGAGCGAAAAUGAAUUGAUGCUGAAUAACGGCACAAACGAAGAGCACGAUAAGCAGCAAACAGUAAUCAAUCGUUCUCCGGUCAUCGGGCAAAACGGCAGUGUGAUCGCGUCAGUAACGGGUAAUAACAACGAUCUAAACGUUAGUAACAACAGUUUAACGGUUACGUGUAACGGUAAAUCGGUUAACGGGCAGUUAGAUGAAUUAACGGAAUGUGAUCGUGAUCGCGUUUUAUUAGAAAAUACAGAUAAACGUGACAUCGACAGUCCAGCCGCAAUGGGACAAAAGAAUACUAAAGGUGAUAUUACCAACACUUCCUCAACCUCCUCCUCGCCACCGGCAACGCCUUCACCGAGUGCACGGGCAUUUCGCGAAUCGUCGAUACCGUCGUCAUCGUCAUCAACCCACGAAGGUUAUGCCGGAAAUACCAUUAACCAACAGCGCGGUCAAUCGCCUAGUAUGCAUGUGCCCACUAUUACUGUGGUAGACUGCAGCAGUGUUGGUAGCCAACAAACUGCCAAAAGUUAUGACAGCAAUAAAACCGAUAAAGAUGAGUUUUAUGAUUUUGAAAUGGAAACGCCACAACAGCAACUAUACCAGCAACAACAACAACAACAUGAGUUCAGUGAUCAAGACAAUGAAAACAAAGAAUACGAUAAUGCUGGCGCAGAAAAUGCAACGCAAAAAGCCAACUCCUCAUAUGGUAUACAACGUACUGCGUCACCAACGUCAAUGUACUCACGUUAUAAUUACAUGAAACUCGAAGAUGUCGAAGAAGAAGACGAAGGUGAGGAGGAUGAUGAUGAAGACGAAGAAGAACAAGAGAAGCAACAGGGAGAGCAUGAAGAUGAGGAAGAAGCCGAUCAUACAGCCAGAGAGCAUGUGUAUACCUCAAGUAAUAGUAACAGCAAUAACCUUGACAAUGAAUAUAAGCAACACAAACACUCAAAUUCACAUAGUCCAGAAAGGCAACAGCAACAACACAUUAAGAGCACGAACAUAAAUAUCAACAACAACAACAAUAAUAGUGAAUAUAAUUUAAGCACCAGUUUUCCCGAUUCAGGCAUGGGAGAAUCUCUAGCAUCGACAUCCACAAAUAGCCCGUUUAUAAAUAUCAACGAUGCAGAUUGCGAUGCUGCCAGUAGCACCAUGAAACAGCAACAACAACAGGAACGGCAACGAGAUUUGCUUCAACAACAUCAUCAGCAUUUGCCAUUUGUACGCGAUGGCUAUUCAACCGAUUGUGAUGAAACACUAAUGCAAUGCGAUGAAUUACUGUUAGAUUUUGCCGAAUCGCCAGAUUAUUUAGAUCCCGCCUCUUCAGAACGUUUGGUGUGCAUUGAAAGCAUAAGUUUACCAGAUGUUGUUGUAGAGUCAACGAACUCGAAUGGCAAUUGUGGCACAACAAUCAGUACAAAUAAUCAUAAUAAUAAUAAUGCUGCCACAUCUUCAUUAUUAACAUCAACGUCAUCCUCCUUGGGCAAUUCAGGCGCUGAACGUGAUUUUAUUAAUAUAAACGGCGCCACCGGUACUACACUAAACAGUGUCCACUUUAUACCCAUCCAUGUAGAGGGUAGUAACAACAAUAGCAGUGGUGGCGGUGGUGGAGGUAGUGGACGUUCAUCCCCUCGCAAACAAAGUGUCGAUGACAGUCUUGUUGGUAGCAGUCGAGCGACAAUAGAAAUUAUUGAAGAUGCAACUGAACUGCAGCAUUCGCCAUCGAGUACAAGAUCAACAAAGAACCUCAGUGAUAUUAUUGCAGAGAAAUUAAAAAAUGAUUUACUAGAACAAAAAGCACAAUUUAAUGUACAACUAGAAGAUGCACAUAAAAAUGUGAACAGUUUAGAAACGAAAAUCAGUGAUAUGCAAAUAAAAAUUGAAAAAUUGGAACAGGAGUUAUCGGCGAAAACCUGGAACGUUGAAAGAUUACAGGGUGAAUUAAAUGCAGCUCAGAAAGAUGAUGAAUAUGUUCGUAAAAAACUCAAACUACUAGAAGAUGAAAAGACCAAUCUACGUCAUCGGUUUAGUGAAAAUGAAGAUGAAUUAAAAAAUAAAUAUGACGACCUUGAAAUACAGUACAAUGAAUUGCAAGAGAAAUACAAGCAAACCCAAAGUUUGGCAAGUAAUUUGCAUACACAGCUGGCAAAGGCCCAGACAGAGGCCGAAGAAUGGCGCGAAGAGGUGGAAAAGAUACGCGGUGAACUUGAGGAGCAAAUUAAAGUUUUGCAAAAUGCCCUGGAGAAUUCCGAAAAUGAGCGCAAGAUUUGUGAAGACAAAUGGCAGAGGGAAUUUGAAAUGUUAAGGACUCAUAAUAUGGAUCGCGAAGAAUCCAUUAUGACCGACUGUGAAUGGCAAUUGCGUCAAAUGCAACGUCAGUGUAAGGAUAAAAGCGACAAAGCCGAAAUUGGACGUCGUGAGGCAGUGGAAAAAGUCGAACAGUUAGAGGAGGAACUGGAGGAGCGUCGCAAAGAGAUAGACGAUUUGAAAAUCUAUCAGGCCCAAAUGAACUCCCUAAGAGGCAUUGUCAACGAACAGGAACAGUCCAUACAAAAUCUCGUCUCUCAAAUCGAACAUCUACAAAGUGAUUUGGCCAUUGCCAAUGAAAAUCUGGCCGAACAAAUUGAGGCUGUUAAGAAAAUUAAAUAUCAUUGUGAUAAUGCUCUCUACGAUAAGGAGCGUCAAAUGAUGUAUCGCAUCGAUGAGGUACGCAAUGAGGCAGCCUCCUUCUGGGAGGAUAAACUUUAUACAGAGAUGACAAGACUGAAAAAUGAACUAGAAUCCGUUUAUGUGGAUGAACGUCGCGAAGCUUUAGACAAGCUACAGAACGAACAUGUAGAGGAGCUUAAAGCUUUGACAAAUCGCUACACUGAUAAUGAGGAAGAGUUGCGCAUUGAAUUGGCCGAAACGCAGCAACGUUUGGAACAAAAAACUCAAGAAUUCAUAGAGUUACGGGAAAAGUCAGACAAUGCUUUAUUGCAAACACGCAUGCAUUUGGAUCGAGCAGAUCGGGAAUACCAAAAAGCCAUGUGUCAGGAGGAAGAACGUAGAGAAGCUUUAGAAAACUCUUUGCGCGCAGAGUUUGAAAGCGAAAAACAGGAAAUGGAAGAGAAGUUCCGAGAACGUUUGGGUCAAGUCAAAGACGAGUUCGCCAAAGAGCUGCAGAUAAACACACAAGAAUUAAAGGAAGAGCACCAGAAGGAAAUCAACCAAUUAAAAGCCAAAAUGCAGGCCGAAAAAGAUGAGGCCUUACAAACCCUAAGCGAAAAACAUCGAAAGAAACUGGCCGAUUUUGAUGAGAAAAUCAAAAAUAUUGAACAGCGUCACAAACACGAUCUCAAAGAUCUGAAAGCCGCCUACGAUGCCGAAAAGGCUGCCCUCGACAAAAGAGACAUUAGCAAUGCCAACGAAAUAGAACAGUUACAUAGAAAAUGUCGCUGUCUCACCAACCUAUUCGAAGAAAUGCGUAUGCGCUACGAAAGACGUGAUCCUCGUCCCGAGGAUCUAAGAGAAAUAGCUGAACUGCGUACUCGCUGUGAAUCUCAGGAACGUGAUUUGUAUCUGCUGACCGAUCGUCUGAGAGAAAUGCAAAUACAAAUGAACGAACUACAACAGAAUGGUGUAGAGUGCAAUAACAUGAACAAUAAAAACAAUAAAAAAUCGAAACAGAUAAAGAAGCCACCGCCAAAAACUAUACCAACAAAUUGCGAUGUUAUUUACGAAGAAAACGAAGAACGAGAAUCACCGCCACCCACACAAAAUUCAAUAUACACAAAUAAACAACAGCUAAAUAAUAAUCACAAUAAUGAAGAUGAUAAUGAUGAAGAUGAUGAUGCUGAGAAUGAGAAUGAUGGAGAUGAAAGCCAAAAUGGUGAUGAGAAAAAUACAGGUGAUCAUGAUGUUAAAGAACAAAGAAUCAUUGAUGUUAAAGGCAAAAUCGAUCAGUCUUCUUACAAAGGAAAAAAUUCUAAAUUAUUGAUCAAAGACAACGUAGAUGACAGUCACAUGAUUACAGCUGUUUAGGAAGAUUCCAAUCAAAACAAAGAACACCCAAGAAAGAAAAUCGAAACUGUAGCAAAAAAACCACAAACGGGACAAAAGAAAAAAAACAUGAUUGAGAGGCAUCCCUCCGUGACCAGAUUUGUCACUGUCAGUCAUAUCGUUUCAUAUAUCUGAAUAUUUAUGUGAAAUGAAAUGAUUUGAAAUCAGCUGCUUUUUUCACACUACCAUUUCUGCGUGUACGCACACACAUAAAUAUAAAUAACAUAAAAUACAUUUUAUUAUUUCAAAUUUAUGCGCUAAUUUUUAAUUUUUAUUUUUUUGUUUUGUAAAAUAUUUUUUUCAUUUAUUACGGUCUCUUGUGUAUGUGAAUACACGCGUUUCUAAUAAUUUAUAUACAUUAUUGUUUUUGCGUAUUAUUUUAAUUUAUUAUUUACUUUAUUAUUGUAAGAAUUUAUAUUUAUUCACAAUUUCUUCCUAUAAAUUCGUUGACUAGUUUUAGUUUGAUCACGGAAAUUAUUACGUUAAUUUUCCAUUUACGACAAAAUUAUAAACCAAACAUAAAUAAAUUUACUAAAUUUUGUAUUUUUUAAAAAAGGAAAUCCAACAAAAAUAAAGUAAAACAAAAAACACGAGGAA